AUGAAGCUGUUGGUAUGCCUUUUUUGCGUGAUCUUAUUGACCUUCUGCACUGAUGCAAGCCCCAUCAUUAAGGAGAGUUUUGCAAAGCAGCUACUCCGCACCAAGAGACAGAAGCCUGGACACCCUGAUGAACCUAUGAGGGAACACAUGCUGCAUAUGCAGAGGCUGGAGCAGAGGGCUCAGGAGACCAGCAUGGAGCAUUGGAUGAACCCUCAUUGCUUCCCUCGCUGUGACCGCAACUACGGCUACCCUGUGUAACAGGCCUGCUGUGAUCCACAGGGCCUAGACAGGAAUUCCGGCGACGACAAAGCUGAAAAACACCAUGAAAUGGAUUCAAUGAGAACGAAACGACCCAGAAACGCCGAGGCCAAGCACACAAAAUCCACGAAGACACA